AUGAGCUCUGAAGACCCGGCAGUUACUAAAUUUCGCGAAUACCUGCUAAUCAAGACAGAGCAACCGAAUCCGGAUUACGAUGAUUGUAUGAAGUUCCUAGCCGCUCUGGCUGAUGAACUUUCGAUAGAACAUCAUAUAAUUGAGCCAGAAAAAGGAUUUCCCUUUAUGGUGAUGACCAUCCCUGGGGAAGAGCCGAACUUACCGGCAUUAAUGCUACAUUCUCACACUGAUGUUGUGCCGGUUUCUAAGGAACACUGGAAACACGAUCCGUUCGAAGCGGAAAAAGAGAAUGGAAAAAUUUAUGGCAGGGGAACGCAGGACAUGAAAUGUAAUGGAAUCCAGUAUUUCGAGGCUAUGCGGAGACUCUACAAAAAUGGGAAGAAAGAUUUUAAGCGCACAAUUCAUAUCGUUUGGGGGCCUGAUGAAGAAUUGGGGAGCCAUAAUGGGAUGGAGAAGCUGGUGGAACAUCCGGAUUUUAAGAAGCUUAACGUCGGUUUCGUGCUAGACGAAGGAAUGGCUUCCGAGAAUGAUACUUACAAAGUUUUUUACGCUGAACGCUGCAAGUGGUGGUUCCGCGUCACAUUCCUGGGCCCUCCCGGCCACGGUUCGCGUUUUAUAGCGAAUUCCGCUGCCGAGAAAAUGCAACGCUUCAUCUCAAAAGCCUAUCAAUUCCGCGCAAAACAACAAGAAAUCCUAAAAAAGGACCCGAAAAAGACGCUCGGUGAUGUGACCAGCUUGAACUUGACGGUUUGUCGGGGCGGAGUCGAGACAAAUGUUGUGCCAGAAAAAUUUGAAUGUGAAUUCGAUAUGAGAGUCACCCCAUCGACAAAUUUCUAUGAACUACAAGCGGAAAUCGAUUCCUGGAUAAAAUUUGCUGGUGAAGGCACCAACAUUGACUGGAUUUUGCAUAAAACCUUCCAAAACAUCACCCCAACUACGAAGGAUGAUCCAUUUUCGAGGGUUAUCGAAGAGACGCUGGGAAAUGAGAACUGCCAAUUCACCAAAGAAAUCUUUCCCUGUGGAACGGAUUGUGGCCUGAUCAGGGCGACCGGAGUUCGAGUCAUCGGCUUCUCACCCAUCAUCAACACAACCGUGUUGUUGCACUGUCACGAUGAGUAUUUGGACGAAUCGGUAUUUCUUCGCGGCAUCGACAUCUACGAGAAGUUGAUUCCAGCUCUGGCAAAUGUGAAGGAA